UCACUCGCAGUUCAGUUACGAGACAGAUCACACUCGUUGGCUUUCUAACGACUAUCGUAUCCCAUCUAAUUUUUAGCAGAGAUGUAGCCUAUUCGCGUCUUGGCCGACUCGUGCGGUAAUAUUUACCUUAGAUGUAAACGUUUCCUUUAUUAUUUUGUUUGUUUUCUUUAUAUUUUGUUUUUAUAAUAAAUUAUCCAUUUAUGUAGUUUAAUUGUUUUUGUGGUACACUCAAAUUUACGCUCAAAGUCAGUAUAGUAAGAUCAGAAAAUGGCGCAUAUGAUGAGAAGCAAUAUGGUGAUUGCGUUGGGCGAGGAGGACGCUCCUAAAGACGAAGGCAUGUCUCUCGACGAAGGCAGACAGUCGCAGCGGCCGUACCGGUACGGCAUGGUGCUGCUAUGCGCCGGGGCGCUCAUCAACUGGCUAGGCCUGGCCGAGGACUACGCAGAGCCGGUGCGCUACGUCGGCGUGGCCUGCAUCGUGGCCGGCGCGCUGCUGAUCUGCGCCGCCAUGUGCUGCUGGCUGCAGUCGCCCGCCCGGCAGCCGCACAACGAGCGAUCCUCGCCUGACACACAUCAGAUCGACGACCCCAUCCACGUGAUAUCGAUGCCGGACGAGGAGACGAUGCAGCAGAAGCCGCCGGACUACGACACGGUGGCGGGCGCGCCGCCCACGUACGACGACGCCAUCAAGCUGAACCCCGCGCGCCUGCUGCCCGCCACGAGCAGCGCGCACGCGCAGCACUCGCCGCUGCCGCCCGUGGACGCGGCGGCGGUGAUCCCCGGCCAGCUCGCGCCCGACGAGCUCGCGCCCGUGCACCGCACGCCCAUCCCCAAGACCCCACCACCCCCCUACAGACCGACCCACGCCAUCAGAUGAACCGCGCCCGUCUGCUACUGUUACUUUAAAUCGACUGCUGUUUCAUGUGAUGGAACUCUAGGCUAAGGACUCGACUCGAGUCGAUAUUGAAGCCCCGGCAAUGCUACGGUAUUAUUUAUUGUACGUACAUAUCCGCAUGAAACGAUCGUUCGUUAGAUUGUCGAGCUUAGCGAUGCGUACUUAUGUGAUAUUAAGAAUGUAAUUAUUAAAUACUUAAUAUUAAUUCCUGUACAUAAUAUUUUUUGUAAAGAAGUUUUGUUGAAAGUAUGUUAGGAUAAGUUAAGAACCUCUUCCAAUUAUUAUUAACGAUGAUAUUUUCCUACAUGCAAGUAAAUGAAGUUGAGUUUAAAAUUGUAUAAAAUCAAUAGUCAUGUGUGUAGGAGUGUCUCAGUUGAGCUGGGACAGGACGAGCAGCAGGCUGCCCGGGCGUGAAGCCCCAAGUAGGUGACUGACGCAGUGUUCGAUAGCACACGAGGAAGACGAAGGCAAAAGUGAAUACCGACUCACUAGCUUAGCUUUCAGAAUGAUAUCUUCAAUAGAAAUUCUAUUGGCUUUUCUUUUUCUUGUCUUAUCUCUCACGCUAACCUAGCCAAAUAUAAGUAGACUUUGUUACACUUCCUUUCGACGGUAUUUCUUAUUUCUAAAUAGCGAUACUGCCUAGAUGAUACGAAGAAUAUAAAGUCCGGUUGCAACUGUUUGAGAUGAGUAUAGUUGGAAUGAAUUAGUGAAUAUUAAAUAAUAUUUCAAUGUCCAUCUUCUCGAUCUAGUCCUUUUAAAUUAGCUAUAUAUGAACUGUGUUUUUGAACACGAAUUGAAGCUUAAUGUGUUUUUGUAAUUUGUACACAUUUUGAUUGCACAACUUGAAGGACCAUUAUAUUCGAUUCUGCAUAGCAAAAAGGAUUUGUAGUGUAGAUGAAUUGAACUUAUAUCAAAUGUAUUUAGUAGUAGCUGUUCCUAUACUUAACACAGAGUAGAGGUUAUCAGGCAGUUUAAAAAUAGGUAUUCAGUGCAAUCAUUGGCACUGACACCGUGCGUUUUUCAGUUGGACUUACGCCAUCUACUUGUAACUGACAUGUUUAACUGCAGUUGAUUUGGAGUUAUCAAACAAUACCUAAAAACAAACUGGGAUUUGACACUGCCUUCUGGACUACCUACUUAGUAAAUCAGUAACAUAUUAAAGUAGGUAAUGUUUAGGUUAACCAUUUGUUUUGGAAAUGACGAUUGUAUAUAUCAUGAAUUAAAAAUGGGACCAAUGUCUAACGUAUAUGUGCGCUUAUGUUAACCUACCUUGAAAUUUGUAAUCAUUAAUGCGUGUGCCUGCGAGUCGUUGGUGUUUUACGAUACUGAAGUUGUGCAUUUAUUAUUUGUACAUUGUACAAAGUUUGUGAAGUUGAGUGUACAUACAAAAUAAAUGUCGUUACUUUAA